AUGUGGUCCCAGAGGAACCAACCCACACGUGGUCCCAGAGGAACCAACCUCACACUAUGUGGUCCCAGAAGAACCAACCCACCGAAAGUCAAUGUGGUUACAGAGGAACCAACCUCACUGAAAUUCUAUGUGGUCCCAGAGGAACCAACCUCACUGAAUUUCUAUGUGGUCCCAGAGGAACCAACCCACACGAAAGUCAAUGUGGUUACAGAGGAACCAACCUCACUGAAUUUCUAUGUGGUCCCAGAGGAACCAACCCACACGAAAGUCAAUGUGGUUACAGAGGAACCAACCUCACUGAAUUUCUAUGUGGUCCCAGAGGAACCAACCUACACGAAAGUCAAUGUGGUUACAGAGGAACCAACCUCACUGAAUUUCUAUGUGGUCCCAGAGGAACCAACCCACACGAAAGUCAAUGUGGUUACGGAGGAGCCAACCUCACUGAAAUUCUAUGUGGUCCCAGAGGAACCAACCCACACGAAAGUCAAUGUGGUUACAGAGGAACUAACCUCACUGAAAGGAACCAACCCACACGAAAGUCAAUGUGGUUACAGAGGAACUAACCUCACUGAAGUUCUAUGUGGUCCCAGAGGAACCAACCUACACGAAAGUCAAUGUGGUUACAGAGGAACUAACCUCACUGAAGUUCUAUGUGGUCCCAGAGGAACCAACCUACACGAAAGUCAAUGUGGUUACAGAGGAACUAACCUCACUGAAAUUCUUUGUGGUCCAAGAGGAACCAACCUACACGAAAGUCAAUGUGGUUACAGAGAACUAACCUCACUGAAGUUCUAUGUGGUCCCAGAGGAACCAACCUACACGAAAGUCAAUGUGGUUACAGAGGAACUAACCUCACUGAAGUUCUAUGUGGUCCCAGAGGAACCAACCUCACUGAAUUUCAUGUGGUCCCAGAGGAACCAGUCAAUCAAUGUGGUUACAGAAGAACUAACCUCACUGAAAUUCUAUGUGGUCCCAGAGGAACCAACCUACACGAAAGUCAAUGUGGUUACAGAGGAACUAACCUCACUGAAAUUCUAUGUGGUCCCAGAGGAACCAACCCACACGAAAGUCAAUGUGGUUACAGAGGAACCAACCUCACUGAAAUUCUAUGUGGUCCCAGAGGAACCAACCAAUUUCUACACGAAAGUCAAUGUGGUUACAGAGGAACCAACCUCACUGAAAUUCUUUGUGGUCCAAGAGGAACCAACCUCCCCGAAAGUCAAUGUGGUUACAGAGGAACUAACCUCACUGAAAUUCUAUGUGUUCCCAGAGGAACCAACCUCACUGAAUUUCUAUGUUGUCCUAGAGGGACCAACCCACACGAAAGUCAAUGUGGUUACGGAGGAGCCAACCUCACUGAAAUUCUAUGUGGUCCCAGAGGAACCAACCUCCCCGAAAGUCAAUGUGCUUACAGAGGAACUAACCUCACUGAAGUUCUAUGAAUUUCUGGAACCAACCCACACGAAAAUCAAUGUGGUUACAGAGGAACUAACCUCACUGAAAUUCUAUGUGGUCCCAGAGGAACCAACCUCCCCGAAUGUCAAUGUGGUUACAGAGGAACUAACCUCACUGAAAUUCUAUGUGGUCCCAGAGGAACCAACCUCACUGAAUUUCUAUGUGGUCCCAGAGGAACCAACCCACACGAAAGUCAAUGUGGUUACAGAGGAACCAACCUCACUGAAUUUCUAUGUGGUCCCACACGAGGAUGUGGUUACCAACCUCCUACAUGUGGUCGAACCAACCCACACGAAAGUCAAUGUGGUUACAGAGGAACCAACCUCACUGAAAUUCUAUGUGGUCCCAGAGGAACCAACCUCACUGAAUUUCUAUGUGGUCCCAGAGGAACCAACCUCACUGAAAUUCAAUGUGGUCCCAGAGGAACCAACCUCACUGAAUUUCUAUGUGGUCCCAGAGGAACCAACCUCCCUGAAAGUCAAUGUGGUUACAGAGGAACCAACCAACCACUGA